CAGAAUUAAUUCUCAUGUCAGCAGAAAGCUCAACCAUCACAGUCCGUCUGGUUCGUUCUUUUGAACACCGGAAUUUCAGACCUGUGGUGUAUCAUGGCGUUAACUUGGAUCAGACAGUAAAGCAGUUCAUUACUUUUGUGCAGAAGGAUGUGCCUUCAAGAGCAGGACUUCCUCCUCCUUUCAAAAAUUACAAGUAUGAUACAAUGAAGAUUAUUCACCAAGCACACAAAUCUAAGACCGGUGAACUUGUAGUGAGUUUGGAAGAUGAUGACAAACUGAUUUUGAAAGAAGACAGCACGCUGAAAGCAGCUGGAGUAGCAAAUGAGACCGAAUUAGCAUUCUUCUGUGAGGAAGAUUACAGAAACUACAAAGCUAAUCCUGUUUCAGCCUGGUGAAGAUCCCGAGAGAUUGUUUUGUUUUCCCAUACCUGUUGUAAUUUUUCCUUAUUCUGCUUAAUGAGAUUUUUCUUAAAGAUCAAUAAAUCCUAGAGGAUUGCUUUGCAAAGAGUGCAGUUCCCUUCCUAUAGAAAUUAAUUUCUGUCAAUAUGCUGAGACUGAGAGAAG